AUGGACAAGUUUACCAAAACUGCACAGCAGAUCCCAGAGGCUCAGGCCAGGCACCCGGAAAAAACAACAGCCCAUGUGCGAAAACCUUUAUGUUUACGUGGAAACCCCAAGGGAAAGGCAGGGGCUGCAAAAUCCAAUUUUCCAGCCGCCUUGGGCGUGAAACUGCCUCUCCCUCUCUGUGCAAAUCGCCCGCCUCGCCCACAUCGCCCCUUCUCCCCGCUACCCCUCGGUGGAUGUGCCUCUGGUUCAUCGCCCGGGAAGGGCAGCGGCGGCUCACGUCACGACAGACACCAUCAUCGCGCACAGGUCCAGCGCGGCCAGACCAGCCUGGCGUUUCGACAGCUCCUCAGCGCUUUGCGGACUUACCAACCGGCGGCAGCAACUGAACAGACACGGGUGCAGGGGGGGGAAUAUAUCCCACAGAGCAAAGUCACUGUGUUCCACCUUCGUUUUAACACGGGCUUCCUCUCCGCGGCGCGGAGGCGUCCGAACCCUCCUGGCACCCGACACCCAGAGCUGCGCGGACACGCCGUGCCCCUCGGCGCUUCUGGACAGGCUGAUUACUGGAAAUCACAGCCAAAAAAAUUCUGCGAUUACUGCAAGUGCUGGAUAGCAGACAACAGACCUAGCAUUGAGUUUCAUGAAAGAGGAAAGAAUCACAAAGAAAAUGUGGCAAAAAGAAUUAGUGAGAUUAAAAAGAAAAGCUUGGAAAAAGCAAAAGAAGAAGAAAACAUGUCAAAAGAAUUUGCAGCAAUGGAGGAGGCUGCAAUGAAAGCAUAUCAAGAGGAUUUGAAAAGGCUGGGAAUUAAGCCAGAUGAUGUAGGUCCCAGUUCGACACAGAGUAAAACACAGAGUAACACAGCGGAAACUAAAGGAAAGAAAGAAAAGAAAGAGAAGAAGGAAAAGAAGGAAAAGAAAGAAAAGAAAAAAAAGGGGUCUGAAGACACCUCGGUGCCAUCAAAAACUGGAACGAAGGAGUGGGUGCAAGGGUUUUCUCCCGAAGGCUAUACGUACUACUACAACACAAAAACAGGAGAAUCACAGAGGAAGAAACCUAAAGGAUUCCAAGGCAACUCUCAAAACUCACAAACGGCAGCAGAGUGGGUAGAAGGUGUCACUGAAGAUGGGCACACUUACUACUAUAACACGCAGACAGGAGUAUCCACAUGGGAGAAACCGGCUGGUUUUGUUUCAAAUAAGAAGCGUCAUCGUGACAAGAAUUCUGGAGAGCUUGCAGAAACAGGUUCCAAAGCGUCUGAAUCGGACUCAGAAGAUAGUGAAAAUGAAGCACAGAGUUCAGAAACAAAUUUCAAGAGGAAAGGAGAUAAUGGUGAAAAAUCAGAGGGGAAAAAAUCUUCCAAAGCUAAAAAGUUAAGUCCUUACGGGAAAUGGCGACCAGUGACUUCAGAAGAAACUGUUGAUAAAAAGGAGAGUACAUCAGCUUCCCAGGAAACCGGCAGUGAUGAACCCAGCAAGACCAAACCGUAUGGGAAAUGGAAAGCGCUUAAGGAAGAAGGAGAAGGAGAGGAAGAAGAAGAAAAAGAAGAAGAACCAUGUGAAAAAGUGGACCUGGAGCUUCCUGGUACAGAGAGUGAGAAUCCACCACCUCCAGUGCUGGAGGUUCCAGAAGACGAUGUGACAGUGAUAUUUAAAGAGAAGACAGUCACCUCCCUCGGAGACCUGACAGAAGGGGUGCCAACGUUUAAAAAGAGGAAAUUUGAAAACGGAAAAUCUAGAAACUUAAGACAAAGACUAAGUGAUCAGUAA